AUGCACCCUCUCAAAUCCCUCCUCCUAGCAGCCCUCACCCUAUCAUCCACCCUCACCCUCACCACCGCCACCACAAUCAGCGGCAGCAGCAGCAGUACUACCCCAACCUACUCCAUAACCGAACCCACCUCGGGCGCCAUCAUCUCCCUUAACACGGCAACCGUAAUAUCCUGGAACACUUCCGCCCCCAGCACCUCCAAACUCUCCAUCCACCUGUCCAAAACCACCAACGAUACAAACCUCUACACCAUCGCCUCCAACAUCUCCAACUCGGGGUCUAUUUCCUGGUCGCCCCCAUCACGAGUAGGGACCGGCUCAGACUACAUAGUCGUCCUUGAGCCCUCCGAUUCCUCCGAAUCAUACAAAUCAGACGCAUUCACCAUCUCAUCCUCCACCAACGCCUCCACAACAUACUAUCCGACGCAAGGGGAGGUUGUCAAGACAGGUCAGACGACGAUCAUUACCUGGGAGGUGGAGAGGAAUGUCUCGGAGGUGAGUAUUUAUCUCAUGGAGGGGACGUUGAAUGGGAAUGGAACUGGGAAUGGAACUGGGUUGAAGAAUGUGACAACGAUCACGACGGAUAUUGCGAACUCCGGGGAUGUGGCGUGUGUGUUGCCGGGGAGUGUGAAGAGUGGGGAUGAUUAUCGCUUUGCGAUUGUAGAUGUGAAGGAUGCGGGGAGGGUGAAGUAUUCGGCUGUUUUUGAGGUUGUUAAUUCGGGGGAUGAUUCUUCCUCUUCGUCCUCGGACGAGGGGGCGGGUAGUGGGGAGGGGAUCGAAAGCCGUCAACAUAAAAUUCAAGCUGUGGCGCAACUAGCAUCACAAAAAGGCUUGGAAAACGUGGUCGACGCCGUGUGA